UUAGUUCACCGUAAGAUCCAGAUCUCUUCUAAAAAAUAAAUUCAAAAAAUUGUAAAUUAGUAAGAAAUUUUCAGUGUCGAACUUUUUCUGUUCUUUCGGAAUCUAUCGAAUUUUUCACAAUUUAAAAAUGAAUUUUUGCUCAGUGCCCUACGAGGCUGAUUACAGCAUGUAUGCCGAUUCGAAGAUGAAGAACGUGCCUCAGUAUCCCAUGGGAAUGAAUCCCGGCCAGGGACAAUCCAUGUCAAUGCAGCCGCUGAAUCCGCCGCAGAUGAAUCUUCAGAUGCAGAUGCCCAUGUCGAGUGCUCCGCAGAUGUCCUCGUAUCCCAUGCAGGGCAUGCCGCUCAACAUGAUGUCCGCUGGCAAUCAGAUGACCCCCAUGUCCACGACGACAUCGCAGCUGCCCAUUGGAGCGGUGACGCCACUGAGCAGCAUGACCAUGAUGCCCAUGAUGGGCAAUCCCAUGGGGGCCAUCGAUGCCCCUGGGAUGAAUGCAGUAAUUCCCGAUCUGCAGCCCAUGUCUGCGAUGGGUCAAAUGCCGCCGAUGCAGCAGUACAAUAAUUCUGGAUCCACCACCCAAAUGCAUCAAGGUCGUUUGACGGGCGGCGGAAAUGGUGGGAUGACCUGUCCCUCAUCGCCCUCGCAUCCUGGCAACUGGAACUCCGGUUCCAACAACAACCAGUUAAUGAGCAAUGGAAACAUGUGGCAGUACAGCCAGCCCAUGCAGAGCCACCAGCCGCAGUACCACCAACAGCAGCAGCAGCAGCACCACUUCCAGCAUCAGAACCACCAGCAGCAAGGGAACCGCAUGAAGUCCUCAUACGACAUGCCAUCUUCUACGAUGUACCGGGAUGUUCGGAACGGACUGAACACGCCGUCGGGAAACGAAUAUUCGAAGUGCGGCAAGAGCAAUCAGUCAUUCAAUUGUGGAAAAUCCGUUAGCAAGGCCCCCCAUUGGCGUUAAGGAUCCACAUUGAGCCCAUCAUCAGUUGUUUUUUGUACUUUUGCGUGAUUGGUGUCUCUUCAGUUACAAUCGCCAUUCGUUCUAAGACUUCCCCUUCGCAAGCAAAACCUACACAAGACACAAAAAUACACAAGAACACUUACAUGGUUACAGAUAAUUUGGUGUGGAAUAAAUGGCUUAUAUGUUUUUAGCCAAAAAGAAAUUA